AUGGUCGAGCAGAGAAUCGACAGAUGGUUCGAGUAUGCGUGCGUUGCGCUUGCUGACCAGGGCUGGCAUAUGGAGAUCGAGACGAGGGAGGGCUCCUGUUCGCAUCGGGAGUGCCCGUGGGGCGGCCAUUUGCUCAGAUUCGAUUACAAGCAUGUGCCCGUGUCAGGCAGCCCUGGCUCUUGUCUCCAAAUUCGGCCAGAGGCUCGGCAUCUCGAGCGAGUCGAGGACAGCGAGCUGUGCCCGGAGGAGCUGCUACUGCACGUGGGGCCCGGCGAUGUGGUGCUCAGGGGCUCGUGCAAGAAAGGCUCCUUCGCGCUGGGGCGCGCCACCUCUGGCGGACGCUCCGGCGUGGACAGCGCCAUGGGGCGGUUCGUGGCCCUCUUCGGCAACCUCGGGGGGCCGUUCCUGCAGAACUUCUGCGAAACCGAGGAGCCGCUCACCGUGAGGCACCAGCUACGGCGGAACUUCCCGAAGCAGGGGGACGCCACGGCCGUGAGCCAUACGCUUCAUUCCAAGCCUCAGGGGGCAAUGAGAGUAUCACAAGGCGAUGGGCCGGGCACCUUUCGCCUCUGCCUGGUAUACAACGCGCCAGUCUGCGUAUCUGCACACUGGGUGCAAGAGUGCCUGGAGCAGAUGGUGAAAUUUGGGCGCCAGCAUGUGGUUUGGCUUUUCAACCAUCCUAGUAUGUUGCGGCUCCGUAACAUUGACACGGACCUGUAUGUAGUCUUGGGCUUGCGCCACUUCGCGCGGGGAUCGCCUUUGCUUCCUCAUGUGGGAUCCGCAGAGCCAGACGUCAUCAUUUCCACUGAUGCUGCUGCAUGGACAAUCUUUCGAUUCGACGCUGAGAACACAAAGUUCCAGGCUGCCCGCUACAUGCAACAAUUUCUAGAGCGUCUGGGCUAUCAUGUCAGGACCUUCGAUACCUUAGAUGGCCAAAAGCUCGUGCCAUACCAGUGCGCCAUGAGGCGUGAUGAGUGGCUGAGGCUCCGCGGCGAGUUCCUCGUCGCCUUCAGAUGUCAGCGGGCGGCGUACCGCCGUGCCUACGGCGGCUCGCAAGCACCGGACUUGAAGGAGGACAUGGUGGCCCAUUUCCAGCGCACGCCAUGGGGGCGGACCUGCGUGGAGCACUUCGAGCCCCAGCUGGUGGUCCGGAGGACCUUCCUCCACGUGGAAGAAGGGGACGACGAUCUGCAAAUUAGAAAGAUCAAAUCCAUCAAGUGA